AUGCCAUCUCACUUCGAUACUGUUCAACUACACGCCGGUCAAGAGAACGCUGGUGACAAUGCUCACAGAUCUAGAGCUGUUCCAAUCUACGCCACUACCUCCUAUGUUUUUGAAAACUCUAAGCAUGGUUCGCAAUUGUUUGGUCUAGAAGUCCCAGGUUACGUCUAUUCCCGUUUCCAAAACCCUACUAGUAACGUUUUGGAGGAAAGAAUUGCCGCUCUGGAAGGUGGUGCUGCCGCUUUGGCUGUUUCCUCUGGACAAGCCGCUCAAACCCUUGCUAUUCAAGGUUUAGCGCACACUGGUGACAACAUCGUCUCUACUUCUUACCUAUAUGGUGGUACUUACAAUCAGUUCAAAAUCUCUUUCAAAAGAUUUGGUAUUGAGGCUAGAUUUGUUGAAGGUGAUGAUCCAGAAGAAUUCGAAAAGGUCUUUGAUGAAAGAACCAAGGCCGUUUAUUUAGAAACGAUCGGUAAUCCAAAGUACAAUGUCCCAGAUUUUGAAAAGAUUGUUGCAAUUGCUCACAAGCACGGCAUUCCGGUGGUUGUUGACAACACCUUUGGUGCUGGUGGUUACUUCUGUCAGCCAAUUAAAUACGGGGCUGAUAUUGUAACACACUCUGCUACCAAGUGGAUUGGUGGUCACGGUACUACUAUCGGUGGUAUUAUUGUUGAUUCCGGUAAUUUCCCAUGGAAGGACUAUCCAGAAAAGUUCCCUCAAUUCUCUCAACCUGCUGAAGGAUAUCACGGUACUAUCUACAACGAAGCCUACGGUAGCUUGGCCUACAUCGUUCAUGUUAGAACUGAAUUAUUAAGAGAUUUGGGUCCAUUGAUGAACCCAUUUGCCUCUUUCUUGCUAUUGCAAGGCGUUGAAACAUUGUCUUUGAGAGCUGAAAGACAUGGUGAAAACGCAUUGAAGUUGGCCAAAUGGUUAGAACAAUCUCCAUACGUAUCAUGGGUUUCAUACCCUGGUUUAGCAUCUCAUUCUCAUCAUGAAAAUGCCAAAAAGUAUCUAUCUAACGGUUUCGGUGGUGUCUUAUCUUUCGGCGUAAAAGACUUGCCAAACGCUGACAAGGAAACCGAUCCAUUCAAACUUUCUGGUGCUCAAGUUGUUGACAAUUUGAAGCUUGCUUCCAACUUGGCCAAUGUUGGUGAUGCCAAGACCUUAGUCAUUGCUCCAUACUUCACUACUCACAAGCAGUUGAAUGACAAAGAAAAGUUGGCUUCUGGUGUUACCAAGGACUUAAUUCGUGUCUCUGUUGGUAUUGAAUUUAUUGAUGACAUUAUUGCAGACUUCCAACAAUCUUUUGAAACUGUUUUCGCUGGCCAAAAACCAUGA